CCGGUGGUUACUCGCGGUCAUACGUGCAACGGUUGUAGGCGUAGUGGACUUAAGUGAUCCUGAUCUUGAAACAAAAAUACUGUGCACUCGGGUAUCUGUUAUUCUUGCCGAUUGAUAUGCGCAACAGUUGCUGGAUAGUGAAUCAAAAUCGGAAAUUAUUUGGUGUAAUUACUACUGAAAGACAGACAGAGAUAACAAAGCGACAGCUGUGAAGCUGCCAGCACACAAACACCCUGCUGAAGCGGUGUCAGAAUUAUCUAACGGUACUUGCCCUCAACAAAAAUGUUGGAGCUCGAUAAAAUCUUAGAGAAAUGUGGUGACUGUCAUCGCUUGCAGGCGAUCAUGCUGUUGUUAUUCUGCAUCAUCAAUUUGCUUUCCGCACUGCACUACUACUCACAGACGAUCAUAAGUUUCGUGCCGAAAUACUGGUGCAUCGACGGCUACCCGAAUCCGACGGAUGCGUAUGCGGUUGCCAGCGAGCAGMCAGGCUCAUCAUGUCUGCCACAUCGGUUUACAGAGGGAGAUGAAGCCGCGUUCCCGAAUGUCACCGCAAAUGUGUCGCACACGUGUCAGCAAUUCGACUAUGAGCUGUAUAUGGGCUAUCAAAGCUUUACCAGUGAGCUGAAUUGGAUUUGUGAUCGCGCUUGGCAGGCAACAUUGGGGCAAUCGAUGUUUUUCGUUGGCUCAGUGGUGGGCAGCUUACUAUUUGGCUUUCUGGCAGAUAGCUUGGGUCGACUUCCCAUUUUGAUCGCCGCCAAUGUAGUGGCAAUGGUUGGUAAUUCCUUGACUAUUUUGGGUACAACGCUUCCAACUUUUUCGUUAUUUCGCUUUCUGUCCGGCAUGGCGACCGAUAGCAACUUCGUUAUGAUGUAUAUUUUAGUUAUGGAGUACUUGCGUCCAUCUCUACGCACUGUUGGACUGAGCAUCUGCAUUGGCUGCUUUUACUGUCUCGGGUCAAUGGCUGCACCGUGGAUUGCAAUUUUGCUGCAUACGUGGCGCGGUUUCCUUAUCGCUACCUCGACACCCUUUGCCAUUGUACCGUUAUUCUUCUUCAUUGUGCCCGAAAGUGUGCAGUGGUUGAUCUCUAAGCAAAAAUACGACAAAGCCGUUGAGUGCCUGAAGCGUGUGGCGAAGAUCAAUGGACGUGCAGUGGAGGAAUCCGUUUAUACCGAAUUCAUAGAUGAAUGUAAGCGCAUGCAAUUACAUACAAAAUCUGGUGCGAAUCUCUUCGGGCUAUUUGCAACGCCACGUUUGCGACGCAACACGCUAAUCUUGUUUUUUAAGUCCAUGGUCAUCACUUUGUGUUACGACGCGGUGUCGCGGAAUGUUCAAGGUCUCGGCAUAUCGCCAUUUGUCAUGUUCACAUUGAGCGCCACGGCUAUAUUACCGGCCUGCAUACUGUUGAUCGUGCUACAAGAUCGCAUUGGUCGCAAAGCGAUGGCGUCCAUGUCGCUGCUGCUAAGUGGUAUUUUUAUAUCGGUCACCGGUGCAAUACUCUUCUGUACUGAGCGUAGUGGCGGCGAGAAGGAUGUGGUAUUGGUAGUGAUAUUGUCGGUUAUAGGACGAUUUGGUGUAACGGUUGCUUACAAUUCUGGUGCGCAGUAUGCGACUGAGUUGAUUCCGACUUGCGUGCGCGGCCAAGGUAUAGCGGUGGUGCAUGUCAUGGGUUAUGCAUUCACCUUCUUCAGUUCGUACAUUCUGUACACACGCUCGUUCUUUCAACCUAUGCCGGAGAUAAUUUUGGGUUUACUUUCGCUGUUGGGUGCUGGAUUGUGUUUACUGUUGCCUGAGACGCUCAAUAGAACCUUACCCACUUCUAUGGAAGAUGGAGAAAACUUUGGCAAAAACGAGCGUUGGUAUAAUUUCAGUUUCUUGGAGAAACGGACACAAUCGGUUGAUGUCUUGGCCGCGAACGCAGGAUCGCAAAAUAUACGAGACAACACGGCGGCAUAUUUUUAAGACAAAUCAAUUGUUCUGUAACUAGUUCCUAAGUGUUAAAGUAAUGUUAAGCGUUAG